AUGGCCUCUAUUACUACACCACCUACUCGCUCGAAGCCGAUCGUUCCGCGAUUCACCAUCCCUUGCGGUGAUCACGUACACUCCGUGCCUUCGCGCGACUCGUCUCCUUCGUCUUGCGAUACUGCCGAUACACCCGACGGAUCCAGAUCUAGCAGUCGACGUCGCCCAUCUUUUGGUUCGAUUAAAGAAGAUACUGACGGCAUUGCGCAGUCUUUUGUAGACACGCACCACGUGCCCUCACCAAAGGAGCAAAAAGAGCCUGAAACUCCAAAGCAGGAACGUCAGGAAAUGCAACAGAGCCCGGACUUUUGUUGUCCUUGUGGUGGUUUCCUCGGGUGGAAGCAAAUUCGGUUGAGCGGCAAGAGCUUGAGCCGCAGUUAUGGCGAUCUUCGUGGGUUGGGAAAUUUGCAAGCUAAAGGCUGGGCCUGGGACACAACCGAAACUGGAAGAGAGCUAGUCCCUCCCAAAGAGCAAGUGCCUGUCAUUGAGGAACCGCAGACUCCUGCUGGUAUUCCCCCAGGCACAUCGGCCAUGGAGAAAUUGCCCGCGGAAGUGCUGGAUCAGGUCAUCUCUCACUUGGCGCUUGAUAUCCCUCCAAAUGGAUACACUCCGCGAAACGUCGACCUUGUUCACUGCCUUCUGACUUCUCGUACAUUGCAUGCGGCAACUUUGGCCGUCCUGUACAGAAACAUGACAUUCCCGCACUCGAUUAUCUUCUCUAAGGCUCUGAAUCACAUUUCGUCCUACCCGGCAUUGGGAACGCUCGUGCGCCGUUUGGAUUUCUCUCACUUUACCUCCGUUGGUCUGGGCCGUACGAAGCAGAUGAACGCCGAAAUCCAGAACUUGACUUCGCGAACCUUGCUACAGUGCCUGGACCUUUUGCCUAACCUGAGAGAGUGUCUGUUGCAGGAGCAUUUAGAGGGAGAUUUGAGCGUGGAUAUUAUUCGCAAGUUGUUCAUGGGUCUGCCAAUCCUUCAGGCAGUGGAUCUUUGCGGCUGCUCCACCAACUCCUUCUCUGCAGUCUUCCAAGAGGCUUUGACUGGAGGUCCAGCUCUGCCCAUGAGCAUGUCUAACCUGAAGCGACUCUCGCUCCACGAAUGCAGCACUAUCUCAGCGCCAAUGUUCGAUCUCCUGCUCCCGCGUCUGAUCAACCUGACCCAUCUGGAUCUCACACACACUCAAAUCAACGAUUCAGCUCUCUUCGCUAUCCCCGAAACCGCACGUAUCACUCAUCUGAGCUUGUCGCGUUGCACGCGCAUUCACCCACCUGCUCUGAUCCAGUUCCUGACCACUCACCCGGCCGUUUGUGAAUCCCUGGUAUUCCUGAACCUCCUCACAGAUGCCACUCGAUUCCGUCUCCUGGAAGAAGACGACGUGACAGCCCUCCUGCCCAAACUUCCAAAGACUCUCCGCUCUCUGAACCUAGGCGGUGCACGAAUCACCUCUGCUCACGUGCCACUUUUGCUCCCAUUGACCAAGCACCUAGAGGAACUGGGUCUCAGCUCUGCCGAUCUGACAGUGCAAGACAUCAACACAUUCUUUGCUAGAACUAAGGAAAAUGUCGAACCAAGCACUCUCUGCUACUUGGAUCUGGCCAAGGUGAAUCAAAUGACCAUCGGGUCCAUCUUCAAUAUGAGCACCUGUCUUCUGCUCUCAGACCAAAGCUACCCUCUCCAGGUUGUUGAGUUCAGUGAAAAGAUCAUUACUCCCUUGCGCGAGCGCAGCAAGACCCAGCGCGUCUCUGUUGGCUGGACCGUUCGUGAACUCGGUCGCCGCGGCUGGUACGUUCGGGACCCUACCUCUAUGCCAAACUGUCCUAUCGACGAUGGUUCUCGUUCCUGGAAAAUGGGCGCACGCUGGUGGGGCAUGCGCAAGAUUCCCAUGGCAGUUGGAGAUGUCGGUGGUAUCUACGGACACUACAUGUUCAAGAAAUGA